CCAUCUUCCGCGGGCGGGCGGGCAGGCACGGCCUGUGCAGCCCACACCUGCUCCCCUAGCCUGGCCCAAUGGCACCGCGCCCGCUGGGCCCCUUGGUGCUGGCCCUGGGCGGUGCCGCGGCAGUACUCGGCUCGGUGCUCUUCAUCCUCUGGAAAACCUACUUCGGCCGUGGACGGGAGAGGCGUUGGGACCGGGGCGAGGCCUGGUGGGGCCCUGAGCCUCCCCGCCUACCCCAGUGGGACGAGUGGGACCCCGAGGAUGAGGAGGAGGAGGAGCCGGCGCUGGAAGAGUUAGAGCAGCGUGAGGUUCUGGUGCUGGGACUGGAUGGCUCUGGGAAGAGCACGUUCCUGCGUGUGCUGUCGGGGAAGCCACCGCUGGAAGGCCACAUCCCCACCUGGGGCUUCAACUCGGUGCGGCUGCCCACGAAGGACUUCGAGGUGGACCUAUUAGAGAUUGGUGGCAGCCAGAACCUACGCUUCUACUGGAAGGAGUUUGUGAAUGAGGUGGAUGUGCUGGUCUUCAUGGUUGACUCGGCUGACCGGCUGCGGAUGCCCUGGGCCCGACAAGAACUGCAUAAGCUACUGGACAAAGACCCUGACCUGCCUGUCGUCGUGGUUGCCAACAAGCAAGACCUGAGUGAGGCCAUGAGUAUGGUGGAGCUGCAGCAGGAGCUGGGCCUCCAAGCCAUCGACAGUCAACGGGAGGUUUUCCUCUUGGCAGCCAGCAUUGCUCCUGCUGGACCUGGCUUUGAAAAUCCUGGCACUGUGCACAUUUGGAAACUGCUCUUGGAACUUCUCUCCUAGGCUCACUGCCCAGCCUGGGGACCACAGUUCCCCUGCCUCUUCCUUCUUCAUCACCAGAUUGGGCCUGGGGUAGGAACCACAUGGCAGCACUUCCUUUCUCCCCUCCUUGCCCUCUCAAGAGCAAGGCCAAGUCCUUGAAUAAGCCUUCCUGGUGAGGUAGCCAUGAAGUUAAAAUAAGGAGGUGGGUGAGGCAGAGAGUAGAGAGGUAGUUUCUGGCUUAUUCCAGGCUGGAGUGUGGAUCCAGUGUUCCCUUCUAUUACCUGCACAGUGAGAUGCUUAGUGGGCUCAGUCCUCCCCUCCCUGAAGGUCCCAGUGGUUGAAGAACCAGUGCAGAUGUCACAAAUACUCUUAGCACCUCCAGGUCUCCCAGUAUAGACUGUCCCUCCUGAUGACCAUGCCUUUCACAUGUGAGCAGGUUCUGGGUGGUAUGGAGUCAGCCCUUGCUUCCAGCUCUGUAUUGUCCUUCAGCCCCUGGUCUGCCAGCAGAGCUCAAUGGCACAUACCUGUAAUCCUAGUGACUCAGGAGACUGAGGCAGAAGGAUUGCAAGUUCAUGGCCAGCCUGGGCAACUUAGCGGGUCCCUGCUCUGCCUAACUGGCUUGUGGCCUUGUGUAGUCUCUGCCUCUCUGGUCCUCAGGCCAUCAUUUUUAAAGGGAGGUGAUCCCCAUGUUCUUUUCUAACUGCCAACCAUGGAGAUGUGAAGUACUAGGAAGAACCUGGAGAUCCUAGCAAGGACCUUGAUCAACACCUUCCUGCUUUUAAGGCCUGGAUUGCCAGCUUCUCUUGACUAAAGAAUAAGUACAGUUCACCCACCAGACAGAAAGGAUUAAGGCUGGGUUUCCCCGCUGAUCUGGAGACAAGCUGCUGCUCUUAUACUAACUGUGCCAAUGCUCAUGUUUACAUAAGUCUGGGGAAGGAAGGAGCCUGAGUCCCUGGGAAUGAGACUGUUGACUGGAGCUAGAAGUCAGCCUCAGAACUGUUUUAUUUAUUUAUUUAUGUAUUUAUCAAAGGAACAGUCCAAAGUUCUAGGUUCUGUUUCUAGGUGCUGUAAUCACAACCCCAGGUGAUUGUCAUAGAAAACUUGGAACUUUGAGGAAAAUAGCUGGAAUCCUGGUGAUAUUGAGAUAACCUACAGGUGACAAUGGAGACAAAGCUGUAGCCACACCCCCUCCCACCUUUGGGAUUGUAAUUGAUAUAAUACUUCACCAUUGAUUCACAUGAACUUAAACUUCAACCGUUGGCUCAAUAUGUUGAAGGGACACAAACCCCUUCUGAAUAGAUAAAACCAACUCCGAAAUUUCUAUCAUGUAAGUCCCAUAAAAAGAUGAAAAAAACCAUUUUUCAUCAUGUUAAUCUAUAAGGACAGGAAUAGCAGACCAGCCAAGGUGGUCUUGAGCAUAUCACUCAGCCUUCCUGGACCUUUUACUCCCCAACGAAAGCUAAGUUGGACUGAAUUUCCAGAAUUCUCUCCAGUGCACAUUCCAUGAUUCUGUUAAUAGUGAUCAGCCAAUACUUCUUGAUGAGACAGGCAAAAGAAGGAGCCACUGAAUAAUUAACAACUGCAAAUGGACUUAUUUUUUUAAAGUGAUAUCCCACUCAGUUGGCUUUCUAAUUGAGAAUAGAGUGUGUGCCUUUGUUUCACUUGACAUCUACCAGCAUGCUUCAUACCAUACUAUGGUCAAGAAGAGGCACCUGGAGGGGCAGUGCGUGGGAAGCUUUUAAGUCCAGAAGUAAGUGUGAUCCGUGGGAAUGUGGUCCACUGUGCCCUUGGACUGUGGGAACAUUAUAAUGGAAUCACUGUUCUUUUAGAUGCCGAUUCAUUUUCCACGGUAAGAAGUGAUUUCUCUGCUUUUGUAUUAAAUAUUUAAGGAAUGACUUGAGUUUUAGAGUAGCCUUCAAAAUUUUGCUGGCAGUUUUUCAUCUUGUCAUUGGAAGGGUAAAAAACUGUGUCUUUGUUCUAUAAACUCUACCUUGUUCUCCAGUGCUUACAGGUUACCUUCAGAACCAGCAUUGAUUGUUGAGAGGGAUCCUUUUUUUUCCUAAUUAAGAUCUGCCUUUGUCUAAUGAAUAUCAUUAUGUAGUACAAUUUUUAAAGUCCCCAAUAGGGGGAGAUGAACUUGAAGAAUAAAGAACUCUACUAUGUCCACUUGAGCUGCUUUUAUAAAGACCAUUCUCAGAACCUCAGGAGCUAGUGGCACACUGAGGAACUGGAGUAUCAUCACCACCCCGUCCUUGUACAGCAUACAGGAAUUCUAGUGGCCUCUGAGUGCUCGUACACUCACAUGGUGGGGCUGCUAGCAUUUUAUUCUCCCUAUCUGCCUGGUCUGGUGGUGGUUUUUUUGUUGUUGUUUUGUUUGGAUUUUUUUGGUACUGGGGAAUGAACCCAGGGGUGCUUUACCACUAACCUGUAACCCAUUCCUUUUUAUUUUUGAGACAAGGUCGCUGAAGCUGGCCUCAAACUUGUGCUCCUUCUGCCUCAACCUCCUGAAUCACUGAGAUUUUAGGCAUGCGCCACAGUGCCCCACUCCUUGUGGUGUUCUUACCCAGCUGCUGGUGAUUGAACCCAAGGGCAUUCCACCACUGAGUUACAUCCCAAGCCCUUUCUUAUUUUUGAGACAGGGUCUCCCUAAAUUGCCCAGGCUGGUCUCAAACUUGUAAACCUCCUGCCUCAGCUCCUAAGCUGCUGGAAUUACAAGUGUGCCACCACACCUAGCUAUUUCUAAAUAGUUCCGAAUAGUACUUUUUGGAUCCAGAAGCCCAGAACACCUGACUCUUGGAAAUCAGCCAGUUACCUGCAGCUUCUCAUCUCAUAUAUGUUGCCCAGAGCUUGGAUAUUUGGAUGGUCAGGGUGAGGGGAUUCUGCAGGCUUCUGGGACUAGCUGCCCAUCCUGUCCAGUAACCCUUGCUGCUCAGAACCGCAGGUCUUAAGCUUGUGCUGAUGCCAUGAUACCUGGCAAUGAGGACUGGGAAGUCAGCCCAUCAGAGCCUUAUGGUCUUCUCUGGAGAAAUGCUGAUGGAAAUUUGACACUUAUCUGCCAGUCUGAAUGAACAGAUUCUCCAAAAAUAUUUCCACUUACACCUUUUGAAAAACAUUUUGUUAUUCUCAUGCUGGUUUAGGAGAACAGCCAGCAUUUGAACCAGCUGCAGGACAACCUUUGGUGUCCCCUCUCUUGCAGCUGUCCCAGACCUCAGAUCUGAGAUAUUCUGAACAGACUGCCCUCCCCUCACAGCCUCAGAGGUGGCAACUUUGAACAUUAAGUUCUAUCUAAUAGCCACGAAAUGGGAAUCUCCAACUUUUCCUCAUCUGCUGCCUCUGGAAAAUGGGCCCAUAAAGGGACAAGGGGAGGAUUUCUGUCAAAGAUCUGGAAGUAAAGGGACCUUGCUGUCUUGGCCUGUGCUCCACAAACCCAGAUGCAAAAGGCUGCCAAGGACAAACUGCAUAUACUGGAAUUUUAGUAGCUGUUUGAGGUUAAAAAAAAAAAAAAAAAAAAAAACUCAAACUCUUAUACAGUUCAGUUGAAUUCUCAUUUUGAGUAGUAUAUGCUAAGUGCUUACAGUUCCAGUGAAGGGGAGCUGUGGAGGGUGGGCCCAGAACACUUCCUUGUGACACAGUAAUGUGCUGGACAGUCUCAGGUCCCUAUGUGGGACAGUACCCCAUUUUGGGGUACAGAGCAGGUGGAUAAGAACAUCAGCUUUGGCCUAACUCAGUGCCUUUGGGGAGGGAUCCAUAUUGCUGUUCCUACCCAUGGAGGGGUCUCAACUAAAGACAGAGGGUGGAAAUGGGAGCAAGGAAGUCUCCUAAUGGCCUCAGCACUAAAGGUCAGAAGGGAGACCACAAGCCAUGCAGACAGGUGAUUCCAUGAACAUUCUCCCCAGCACCUGCCUUGGGCCAGGCUUUGGAUUCCCAGGCAAGAUCUCUGUCCUCAAGCUUACUCUAGCAAGGGAUGUUAAACAAAUAAGACAAUUUAUGAUUGCUGAGCGCAGUGGUGCAUGUUUGCAAUCCCAGUGAUUUGAGAGACUGAGGCAGUUAGAUCAAAAGUUAGAGGUAAGCCUUGGCAACUUAGUGAGACCCUCUCAGAAAGUUAAAAGGGCUUAGGAUAUAGCUCAAUGGCAAAGGACCCCUGGGUUCAAUUCUGAGUACCAAAACAAAAAAGGAAAAAGGCAGUUAUGGGGCUCAGGGGUAUAGAUCAAGUGCUUGGGCCCCGGUUUUGAUCCCUAGCACCACAAAAAAUAAGUAUGAAUUGUUACAGGAAAUCUAGGGGUGGCAACUACAGGAUACACCCAGCCUGGGGGGCAGAGACUAGUAGUAGGGAAGGCUUUCUAAAGCACCUUACUGGGUAAAGAAACAAGGUAAGGGGACGGCCCGGUCCAAGGCUAGAAUUUGGAAUUCUAUAGACAAAGGAAGUUAUGAAGCCAAAUAGGCCCUCAGAAGCUCCUCUAGACAAGAUCCUAAAGACUGCUCUCAAUGCUUACAAUGGCUAGUUCACUGCUGAAAUCUAAGUCUGGGUCCAGUAAGGGGCAUUCUGGGACUCUCACAGCCCACCUUGAUAGUUGGACUGCAGAGAGCCUAGAAGAUUUGACUUCAAGCCCAAUUUUAAUCCCUCUCCAGCCUGUUUCUUUUAUCUGUAAGAUGAAAGCUUGCACCUCACAGGAUUUCACAUGCAAUGAAACCAAGCCUUUCUUUUUUUAAAAUUUUGAGACAGGAUCUUGCUAAGGUGCUGAUGAUGGUCUUGAACUUAGGACCUUUCUGUAUUAGCCUCCAGAAUUGCUGGGAUUACUGUUGAGUACCAUAGAUAGCACCCACGUCAAGCCCUUACUUUCAAGAGCAGUGAAAGGGUACAUUAUAGAUGCUUCUAGAAAAAACCUUGAGAAUGAGGAUGAAGUUGGGGAUGAAGUAUUAGGACUUAAGGAAAUACCCACCCCCGCACCCUGUAGCAUCACAGGUAUCAUUUCCUCAUCAUUUUGCAGCAGCAUCACAGGUAUCAUUUCCUCCCAUGUCACUGCAUUAGGCCUGGCUCAAGGAUGGCCACAUCAUGUAGAGCCCAGUGCAUUGUUCACAACAGAGUGGUAUGCAGCAGUCCACUAUAGUCCCAGAUGGCAGGUUUUGGGCCUAGGGUUCACUUCAGGCCAAGGCCAACACAAGCAAUCCAAAGCAAAGAUGGUAGAUCACUUGGAGGGCAGACAAGGAGUUGGCUCCUUACCUUUUGGCAGGGGUGGGACUAGAAUAGCAAGGCAGGCUCCCUCCAAGCAGCUGAGGUUACCAGUGACUUCUAUGGGAGGGUAAAUAGAACUGCUUCACAGGAAACCAAGGCAGAGAGCAAUCGAGAAAAGGAAGGAGACUGUACUUACAAAAGCAUGUGCAUGUGGCACAUGCUUGUUGAGCUGAAUGGAUUCUGCACUGGUAGGGAUAGUUUUCACUGGGGCAGCCCCAGGACUUACCUGGGACUCAGAAACAAAACCAGCAGGAAAUUAAAUAUCUGAUUUUAUUAUGUACAGACUAUAUUCAAAUAAAGCACUCACUCUGAAAACAAGAAGUUCUGGCUUUUCUGAGAGCUCCCAAAAGAAUGUAAAUUGGAGCCCCUAAGACACCUCCUUUCCCAGAGUGGGAGGGUGUGUAUAACCUGAUUCCACAGAUUGGUCAGCCUCAUCAGAAGCCACACUCUCUCUCUUUGCCUUUAACCCUGGCUCCAGCUUCAUAGUCCGGGGGAAGCCUCAGCCUGAAACAGGUAUAAACCAGUCACUCAACCUCCAUUUUAUCCUUCUGCAAAGAAUCGAUGAAAGCUUGCCACUCCACUGGGUAAAAACGUUUAUAGACGUUGAUCUUAUUCCGAAUUUGUUUGGGAGUAUCUUGAUAGUAAUUCUUCUCAUCCCGAGCCAUGGCCUAAAGAAGAGAGGAGGGCUACUUGAAGAGAACUAGACAGGUACAAAGUUUUAAAUCAUCUCUGCCUGAAAUGAGCAAGCCAUUACCUACCCUGAGGUCCAGAUGCCUCACCUCAAAAGCCAUAGUAUAUGUGGAGCCCUACAGCACGAAGGGGCUAGGGAAAUGGGUUCAAAUGCCCUUAGGGACCAGGCAGGACCAAGAGUUCAGUAGGCCAGCAGGCACUAUAGCCAGUUUAAGGAGCUCAUGCCCCACUGAUAGCCAGCUAAUCCUGCCUGGGCACAGGGGUCCAGUGUAGCCAGCUCUUUCAAUUA